UCUUCCGACUUAUUAAAAAGCGUAUACAAAUAGAUACAGUGUAUAGUCUUUGAUUGAUUCUCACAAAUCUCAAAAUCAAUUGCCAAAAAAAAAAAAAAGAGCUUCUCCCACUUAAUUUCUCUUCCAUCCCUUCCACCCUAUUGCUCACAAUACAACAUGGCACGUGCCAUGUGGAUACUAGUAUGCACUUUUGCUAUGCAUGCCUUUGCUGCUUCUGCAAAGGUUGUCAAUCACACAUUUCGGGUCGGCAAUCUAACGGUGCAGCCAUUAUGUGAAGAACGAGUCGUGGUAGCAGUAAAUGGUCAGUUACCUGGACCGACUAUCCGCGUUAAUGAGGGCGACACGCUCGUGGUUCUUGUCAUCAAUGAGUCACCAUACAACCUCACGAUACACUGGCAUGGAAUAUUCCAAAAGCUAAGUGGUUGGGCUGAUGGGCCAUCGUACGUGACCCAGUGUCCGAUCCUACCCGGUAACAAUUACACCUACAGAUUCAACAUCACUAAACAGGAAGGGACCCUCUGGUGGCAUGCCCACGUAUCAUGGCUCCGAGCAACGGUCUACGGCGCUUUGAUCAUUCAUCCGAGGGCCGGUCGAUCUUAUCCCUUCGUCAAACCUCACAAGGAAUUCCCACUUAUCUUAGGGGAGUGGUGGAACGCGAACGUGGUGGAUGUAGAGAAUGAGGCUAAUCUCACUGGAGCUGCACCCAAUAUCUCUGACGCCUAUACAAUCAACGGAAGACCCGGCGAUCUCUACCCAUGCGCCAACAACAAUACGUACAAGAUUACGGUGACCCAAGGUAAGACUUACAUGCUGCGAAUCAUCAACGCUGCACUCAAUAACGAACUCUUCUUCAAGAUCGCUGGCCACAAUCUGACGGUCGUGGGCAUCGAUGCAACCUACACCGAGCCAUACAUCACCGACGUUGUUGUCGUGGCCCCUGGCCAGACCACCGAUGUCCUGCUCGUUGCAAAUGGCCCAACUGGGUCCUACUACAUAGCGGCCCGCCCUUAUGCGAGCGCUCCCAUACUGUUCGAUAACACGACUACCACCGCCAUCCUCCACUACAACAACUCCACGUCAGUAGCAGCGCCUCUGAUGCCGGUCCUACCUGCAUUCAACGACACCCCAACGGCACACCGGUUCUACAGCAACCUCACCGCCUUGCGUAGUUGGACCCACAAGGUGCCUCUCGACGUGGACGAGCACAUGUUUAUAACUGUCGGAUUAGGGCUCGAGCCGUGCGGGGUGAAUGCCACGUGUGCAGGUCCAUCAGGGAUGCGGUUCGCAGCGAGCAUGAACAACGCGUCUUUUCGGCUGCCCACCACGCUAUCGAUGCUGCAGGCGCACUUCAGCGGCGUGCAGGGAAUCUUCACGGACGACUUCCCAGACACGCCCCCGCUCGUGUUUGACUACACGAACGCUAACGCGAGCCAGUUGGUAUCGACGACCCUGAAGUCGACACGUGUCAAGAGGCUCGCGUACAAUUCGACGGUGGAGAUGGUGUUUCAGAACACGGCGAUACUCUCGGUGGAGAACCAUCCGAUCCAUCUGCAUGGGUUUAAUUUCUUCGUGCUCGCGCAGGGGUUCGGAAAUUACGAUAAUGCUACGCACCGGAGCAUGUUCAAUUUGGUAAACCCGCAGCUGCGGAACACCAUUGCUGUGCCCGUCGGAGGAUGGGCUGUUGUCAGAUUCAUCGCCAACAAUCCCGGUGUAUGGCUGAUGCAUUGCCACCUGGAUGUCCACUUGUCAUGGGGCUUAUCAACGGCUUUCGUAAUAGAUAAUGGGCCCACCGUUUCAUCAACGCUACCCCCACCACCGCUCGAUCUCCCUCGUUGCUAGAUACUACCAUAUUUGUA